UUCCACGUCGUCGGCUCGUGGCACGGAAAAAGGAAAAGCGCGGAAAAUUAUAAAUUCGGCCGUCCACAUACACACACACCCAAAUAUAUACACAGACGACGGUGUGUUCCAUAUGUGUAAUCAAAUCGUUCGGAGCCCCGCCGUUUAUAUAUAGAAAAUUUCAACGCACGCUGCUUUGAGGGAAACUAAAAUACGAAAAUAAAUUACGAAAAUCGUGGCCACUUUUCAGAGGCAUAACCAAAUGUAUAGAAUCGCGUUUUCCACGGGGUCGCGUUAAUCGCAGUUAUUAUCGUUAUUAUUAUUCGCAUUACGCAUACGCCCCGUGUGUCGGUCAGUCUGUGUGUGUGUGCGUGGUGAAGAGCGAAAAGAAAAGCUCUGCCGGCGUCGCAGUCGACGUUGCGACUCCACCCUAAAUUGUAUAUCAAUUUUGAAGGGGUUUUGACGGGUUUUUCGGAGUGUGUCGCCCGCUUGACCGCAAAACGGGGCCAAAUGUCUCGAUAUAGUCCAUACAAGCGAUACCAGUGAAAAUCAAAUCGAACCGCCGCCCGAGAAACUACUUAAAAAAAACAAGGAAAAUGCGAGAAAAAUGUUUGGUUUAUGCGAAAAGUUGAUGACACAUUUCGCUGUCAUUUUGACCGCAUUUUUCCUCUCCCAGCCGCUGUUGUUGUUGCUGAUUUGCGGGCCGCAUGGCGGCACCUCCCCCUCGACCUCCACCCACUGGGCGGAGGCCUCGGCGGCGGAUGAAGCCGUUGGCAAAUGGGCCACGCAGUUUGGCGACGAGCUAUUCCUGCUGGCCCAGAAAAUGACCAAGUCGCAGGAGAUCAAGGAGAAGUACAAGGAGUACAAUGCCCGCGUGGAGCUGAAGAAUGGCACCGAGUUGAUCAAGUCGAUCACGAAAAACGUGGGCAGGAUGCUGGCCAGGAAGAUGGAGGCGGUGCGGUGCAUCCAGGAACGGGCGGAAUAUGUGAACGAGAACUUUGAGUUUAAUAGCACCUAUGCCCUGCAGAAUUUCACCUAUAUAUCUAGCAAAUAUUCGACCUUCAACAAUAAAAGUUUUGACACCCUGGAACCGAAUGAGGCCGAGUACGCCUGGAUGUAUCGAGAGAUGGACUUGAAUCCGGACACGCACUUCUACAAUUCGCCGGUGGACACAAUGCACAGUUCGGUGCAUGUGCCCUCGAAUGUUUGGGAUCGCUCGAAACGGGUACUGAAGACCAUCAUGUGGUCCGAGCAUCUGGACGAGGUCUUCCGGCAGAAUUAUCAGUCCGAUCCGGCCUUAUCCUGGCAGUAUUUCGGUUCCGAUACGGGUAUCCUGCGGCACUAUCCGGCUGCCCAAUGGACGGACACCAAUUCAAACAGGGAUGAUGCCGAUACCUACGAUUGCCGAAAGAGAUCCUGGUAUAUUGAGACGGCCACCUGCUCGAAGGAUAUUGUCAUCCUGCUGGAUCAUUCGGGUUCGAUGACGGGUUUCCGGCAUCACGUGGCCAAGUUCACCAUUCGCAGUAUAUUGGACACGUUCUCGAACAAUGAUUUCUUCACCAUUUUACGUUACUCGAAGGAGGUUGAAGACAUCAUACCCUGCUUUAACGGAGCCCUCGUCCAGGCCACGCCCGAGAAUAUAGGGGUCUUUAAUGACGCCAUCGCCAACUUGGGUGAUCCCGAGGAUUAUGCUAAUCUCACUCUAGCCUACGAAACGGCCUUCCAACUCCUGCGAAAGUAUUACGACAGUCGGCACUGCAGCACCAAUUCCACCUGCAAUCAGGCCAUAAUGCUGGUCACCGAUGGUGUGGCAGGGAAUACCACCGAUGUCUUUCAGAAAUACAACUGGGGCAAUGGCGAGAACGGCACCUCGCGGAUGAACACUCGUAUUUUCACGUAUUUGCUGGGCAAGGAGGUCACCAAGGUGCGCGAGAUCCAGUGGAUGGCCUGCCUCAACCGGGGGUACUACUCACAUGUCCAAACCUUGGACGAGGUCCACGAGGAGGUGCUCAAGUACGUCGACGUCAUUGCCACGCCCCUGGUCCUUCAGAACGAACAGCAUCCGCCCACCUGGACGCACGCCUUCACCGACAAGACGUACGAUCCCAAAACCUCAACUGACCGACGACCCCGCUUAAUGAUAGCUGUCGGAGUGCCGGCCUUCGAUCGCUUCUAUCGCCAUGCCAAUACUACGAAUCCGAGGGCACGUUUGUUGGGCGUCGCUGGAACAGACGUGCCCGUUGAAGAUAUAGACAAGCUGACACUACCCUACAAGUUGGGUGUUAAUGGCUACUCCUUUGUGGUUUCAAACAAUGGAUAUGUUUUACUGCAUCCCGAUCUCCGCCCUUUGGGGACCAAUGGCAAAAUGAAUCCGAACUACAACAGCAUUGACUUCACCGAAGUUGAGCAUCUUUUUGAGGACAAGAAUCCCCGGGAACCGGGCGAAUCCAUUCUGAAUAUCCGCAAUGCCAUGGUGCGACACGAGAGCAAUGAGUUCAAGGACAUAUCCGUGAAGUUUCACUACGACACAAUGCGUCGUGUUUCCGAGGAGAAACAGGACUACUUCUUUGCCCCUUUGCCGAACACCCCGUUCACUUUGGGGAUCGUAAUGCCCAGCGAAUAUGGCAAAACCUGGAUUAAGGUGGGUGAGGAGGUGGACAAGAAUAGGCACAUGAAGAUCAACAUACCGGAUUUCUUUAUGGGUGAUAACUGGAAGGUUCAUCCUGAUUGGGUGUAUUGCAAGUACCACUAUUUGGAGGGCCAUGAGUUUAAAACACCUGAGGAUGAGUUGCGCGAGUUUUUGGGCAAGAUGGUUCCAAAUGAUUGGAAGUGGCCGGAACAAUAUGCCGAAGACGAAUCCGAUUGGGAUGACAAAGAUGAUCUAAAUUGUGGCCGAAAAACGCUGGGUGACGAUGCCUACUAUUGCAACAAGGAACUGGUGAACCUGCUCAUCUUCGACGCCAAGGUGACGAAUUCCAGUUACGGCGUUUGGCGAUUUGAGAGCGAUGAGGAGCGCCAGUUGAUAGAGCGAUUUGGUGCUGAUCUGCGAUUUGUGGCCACGAUGAGCGGCCUGACGCGCUGGCAGUUUAUCUUUGGGGAGGUUGAGGUAGAGACGGAUCGGGAAUUCGGGGACUACCAUACCAAGGCCAUUGAUGAAACCUGGUACAAGAGCGCCAUCCUGCAGCACCAUGAAGACCGAACGGAGAGCUUCGUCUACUCGGUGAAGCACUACACUGAUCACAUGGAAAACAACGAGGUUAAGAUCACCGCCUCGCAUGCCAUAUUUCCAAGGGACGGCGGCAAGGAGGCGCCCGCCUGCGUGGUGGGCUUCCAGUUCUCCCACGCCCGCAUGUGGGAGCGAUUCUUCAGCAUCACCGCAGUGGAUCAUUGCGACAGUUGCCUGCCCAUUUGCACGGACGACGAUGUGGAUUGUGUGGUCAUUGACAAUAAUGCGUACAUCGUGAUUGGCCAAAACAUCAACACCACUGGCAAGUUCUUUGGUGAAUUCCACGGCGACGUGAUGGCUGCGAUGGUCGAAAAAGGCAUAUUUCUGAGCAUUGAAGUCUACGAUUAUCAGGAACAGUGCAAGGAGGAACCAAAAGCGGGCAGCUAUGGCCACGGUCUUUUGCAUCCCCUAAGACUGUUGACUCUUGGCUGGAAAUGGCUAGUGGGCAGGCUCUUCUUUCAAUACCAGCGCAUUCAGUGGUGGGCCGAUGGAGCACCAUUUAUGGAAUACACGGAUGAGAUCGAGGACGAAUAUGUGGCCGUGGGCGAUGGAGGAAAAGCUUCGGCUUCCAAGCCAAAGGAGGAUAGUGAUGACGAAAACGCCAUGUUCGAUGAACCCGAACCGGAUCCCAUUUACGAGGCCUGCGACAUGCGAUCCACUCUGUACGCCUUGCAGCCCAGUGCUUUGGUGGGCAUCAAUGACUUCGUACAGGCGCCUUCAACGCGACCCUUCCUGGUCAAGAAGAUCCCCAACUCCAACCUGGUCCUGGUGGUGGUCAAUGUCCUGAUGCCGUCGCGCAGUGUUCGCCUGACCACCGAACCCCAGCGAAUGGAAUAUACGAAUCAAUUUCCCUGCUACAAGCUCAACAUGAGCUUCUACGAACGGCGACGCAUCGAAGAGUGCUACACGGAGCACGAGGAUGAGGAACUGUACACCUAUUGCGGCAAUGCCUCGCGGCUGGGUUUGACGCUUCAGCUGCUGCCGCUGACCAUAAUUUUAAUGUUUUACCUAACGCACAGCUUUAUGCGUUAAGGGAUAUGUACACAAAACUAUAUAUUAUACAACUAUUAUGUACUAUACGCGACUACGAUCGGUUUGUUGUUUAUACAUAUAUAUAUAUAUUUUGUUUUCUAUAGAUUUUAAACUAUGCCGUAGUCCAAUACUUGUCGAAUGUUUAACAACAACGCAAACCAAACAAAAACAGGCACAAUCUUCGGUACUAAAAACCACUAUAAGCAAGAACAAUUUCAACUUUUAGACUUACAAACUGCGCCAAAAGUUAUGAAACUGGUUUUACUUUAUAAAUGUAGUGAAUCGAUGGAGGCUGCUGCUAACAGAAGAGGCAACUUAAAGACCAACCAUUUUAGAGGAGUAACCCCUUUUCACACGAUGAGUUACCUUGUCCCAAAGCUGCUCCUUCAACCGUUUCUUAGAAUAUUAAAGAAAACCACGUUUUUUUAUAUACAUACAUACCUAACGCCUAUAGAUAAACAAAAAACAACGUUUCACUGACUAUUUUGAUAGAUUAAUAUGGUGCAACCAAUGCCAAAUAUUAAAUGAAUAAUUAGCAAAAUUAGUAAAUGCGAACAAAAAUAAUUCGAAUGACAAUUAUUUUUGUAAUUUUAUAAAACUUAGUUGAUUUUUUACAACAAUAAAAAUGUAUAAAUAUAAUAAUACGAGGAAACGAUGAAAGAACAAAAACAAGACACAAAACACUUACUUUUAUUAGGAAAAUGUUUUCCUUUAGUCCCAGCCGAAAAGAAUGAAUAUGGUUUUCUUUUUGUACACAAACAAAGACGGCUUACAACAGAUAAUAUUUAAUGUUAACAUGGCAACAUUUUUAAUAUGUUUCCUUCUUGUUUUGUAAAAUGUAUUUUAUUGAAAUAAUGUUUUUAAAACGGCAAAGUUAACGCACAGAUUUAUAAAAACCAAUUAUAGGACCACCUGUAAAGUAUGCAAUACUUGUUCAACGCUGAGUUUGAAAACCCAUCUAUAAUUUACUGCUCUCUUCAGGCCUUACUCUUAGUCGAACAUCUUUAGCAGGUUUUACACAGAAGAUGGAACGGAAAACCAAACCUAAAAGAAUACCAAAACCUAAUUGCCUUUGUAUCGUAUUUCGAAUGUGGAAUCAAUUUAUGAACUUUAUGAAUUUAUGCAUAGAAACCAAAAAAAAAAAACAAAAAUGUAACAUUAUAUGGAAAACAAGUUAAAUUAAGAUUAUUUUCAAGGAAAUGAAAUCAAAAUGAAAACGGCGUUUUUAAAGCUGAGAUAAGAUGCUAGAAUGAAUGGAAGGAAAUGAAAGAAAACAGUUAACUAUUAAAUGUAAUUUUUUAAAUAAACUGAAUUACUAAUACAACAUUUAUUUUUUGGAGUGUUUAAAAGUUGUAAAAUGUAUAAAAAAUAUUACAUAAAAAUCUAGUCUUAAUGGUAUACGUGGAUUUGCUACAAGUUCAUCAUCCAAUUAAUAUUCAUCUCUAUGAGUUAACGACUCUUUUUAAUCACAUUUUAUUAAACUUCAACACGUAUACACAAUGUAUAUGACAUGUCCACUUAAACUACAAAACGAUAAACAUUUUAAAAUUUCCUUAGCAAAAUAAAUGAACUAACCGUCGACAAAUA